AUGAGAAUUCCUCAAAGAGCGAUAGCAUAUUUAAACGACAUGCUCUAUAACAGUUGGAGCUUUCCAGAUGUUGUCGAUCUCAUCAAGGAGGAGCUAUUGUUGAAUCAUGAAGACAGCUUUAGUUGGAAAUCUCUGAUAAAGCAGUACGAAAAUACAAAAGAAACACGAACCGGAACCAAAAAAUCAUUAUAUAAUGUUAAUAUAAAUACAGCCAAGAAUAUGUUCAACAAUUAUCAAGGAACACAAACGAUCUGCAGCACUUUUGAUGAGACACAUAUUGCUUCGUCUGGUGCACCCAUCUCCACAUCUAGUACGCUUACUACUACUGCAUUUGAUGAUCAGGCCUCUACAUCUGACUCGUUAGCUUCUACAUUUGACACGGGAGCUACCAAAACUGCGGUUGGAGACAAGUUUGCUUCUCUGUUUGAUGAACAAGAUGAAGACGACUCGGCAAUGAACAAUCAAGAGCGAUUCAGAAGAGAGAUUUACAAAGCUGUGUAUUUACAUUUUAAAGGAGAACUGGAUCUUUUCUUGGUAGCAAGGCUCAACAAACUGGCUCAAGGUCUCGUGUCAAGAAACUUAACUGAAGCAUUAGAUUUGCUUUCGUACUGCCUUUUGAACAAUAAUAUGAGUCCCAACGAGAAGAAUGCUCUCAAUUGGAGAGUUUGUCCUGAUAAAAAUAGAGGUCCUUUUUAUAUUCAAUUAUUACUUCAAGAUUUUUCCUGCGCAGAUCAAAUUGACUAUUUACCCGCAAACUGGGAAAUGAAUACUUUCGAGCAAGCCAAAUCUCAUUGUACUCAUUUUACCACUGUCAUCGGAUUGUCUGAAGAAGUUAAGAAUACCAUGCAAAAUUUGAUAGAGGCAACUACAGAGGAACUACCUUUGAGAUUGAAGAUCGCCGAGAAGAAGCUGCAGUUGCUCGAGGGUCGACGUCAUAAAUCUAUAGAGAUGCAGGCCUUGGAUGUGAUCGAAUACCUUGUAUUGAUAAUGAGAAGAAAAGAACAACGAAACAGCAGUGAGCUAGCAUUCUACCGUGUCACUGCUCACAUCAUGGAUAUUAUCUUAAACAACAGCUCCUUAAAAUUGGUUGAUGGCGAAAAUUGUUCACAAGCAACUAAAAGCGAGCAAAAAGCCAAUCAAAAAGCAUUCUGUGAUGAUGAUGCGAAGUCUACUGGAAGAAAAAUUGACUUGGUUCAACAUAUCAAAAAUAUCAGAACGAAUGCAUCCAUGUUGAAGAAAAUGUUAAGUCUGUGUGGUGAGGAUGCUUCAUUGUGUGUAGUUGGAAUGGAAUGGCUGGGUCUUGUGGGUUGUGUCUACAGUGUUGAGAAGCUCAAUGAUGUGUACGUUAUGUAUGACGCUGGUACCCUUAUUGUCCCUGAUACCCUCUCAACUCUUUCGCUCAUUGUGAAUACGCUGGACAUGUUGUACAAGAUCAAACAGCACCACGAAAAACUAGCCACUAUCUUGGAACCUGCCAUUGAAAGAAGCAAAUUGAGCCGUCAAUUAAACAAGUUACGCUCUGCAGCUGAGAUGGAAGAGGACGAUACCACCAACCCCAUUUUCUUUACCCCCACUACCAAACGUCAGAAGAGUUAUACCUCCCACCAUUAA